AGCCCUCCAUGUGGAAUCUGUUGGCCGUUUCUUUUCAGUGUCGUUUCGGAUGCGCUGUUGAACGUGCUCUGAACUAUCAAAAUAACCGUGAUCAAUUUAAUCUUCCAUUCCUAGCCGGUGAGGGAAUGUUAAUCGUUUACACAUUUCAAUUGAAUAAGUGUCAUUUACGUGAAUGAUUAAUUAUCCUGUUUGAAAGUGAUUGGUGUUAGUUGGAACGAGUGUUAAUAAAAGUGUGUAAUCUUGCCAUCGUAAAUUUCGUUCGUAAACUAGUGGCAACAGUGAGUAGUGCUUCGGUUCGAUUGCAUAAUUUGAAACGAGACAAAGCCCAACCGGAAAUACGUUGUGACUCGCGAUUGAAUCUGACACCUACAGGCUAAUACAGUUUCGUAGCUUCGUCCCGGUGGCCCAUUGCCAAGUGGUACAAACGAACGAAAGCGGAAAGCAAGUAGUGCUGACAACCAACGGUUACCACCGUUGAGGUCCUUGGCCGUCUUCUUGGCGUUCCGUUCGUAAUUGAUUGGACUAACCGGCGAGGAUGGCCCCCGUUGGUGGUGGUGUGGGGGCCCUCCUGAUGCUGCUGUGGCCCUUUGCGCUGCCAAGCGUCAACGUGCUGCUAGCAAUGCAUUUCCUAGGAACAAUGACACAGCUAGCGGGAUCGGUUGCAGCUCCUUCGUCCAACACCGGACUGGUGGCGAACGCGGUCUUGGAAGAUCCGGAGUUCACGGAUGUCAUUGAAAACAUCACCGUCCCGGCGGGGAGGAAUGUGAAACUGGCCUGCUCGGUGAAGAACUUGGGUUCCUAUAAGGUGGCAUGGAUGCACUUCGAACAGUCGGCUAUCCUCACCGUUCACAACCACGUGAUUACCCGGAACCCCCGGAUCAGCGUGACGCACGACAAGCACGACAAACACAAAACUUGGUUCCUGCAUAUUUCGAACGUCCAGGAGGAGGACAAGGGUCGCUACAUGUGCCAAAUCAAUACGGUGACGGCCAAAACCCAGUUCGGCUAUCUUCAUGUGGUCGUUCCGCCGAAUAUCGACGAUUCGGUUUCCUCCAGCGACGUGAUCGUCCGAGAAGGUGCCAACGUGACGCUCCGUUGCAAAGCCACCGGAAGUCCGCCACCGUCGAUCAAGUGGAAACGGGACGACAACACGAAAAUUGCCAUCACCAAAAAUAACAGCGUGCUCGAAUGGGAAGGAGACAUACUGACACUAUCCCGCGUAUCGCGCUUCGAUAUGGGGGCCUAUUUGUGCAUCGCUUCCAACGGAGUUCCCCCGAGUGUUUCCAAGAGGAUCAAAGUCAGUGUCGAUUUUCCACCGAUGCUUUGGAUACCACACCAACUGGUCGGAAUCCCCGUGGGCUACAACGUCACGCUGGAAUGUAAUAUAGAAGCACACCCUACCUCACUAAACUACUGGACGCGGGAAAACGAUCAGAUGAUUCACGAUUCGCUUAAAUACAAGACUGAAUCAGUAUCCGGGACACCAUCAUACAAAGCGGUAAUGCGAUUGUACAUCAUCGAGGUGCAGCACAGUGACUACGGGAUCUACAAGUGCAUCGCCAAGAAUCCACGUGGCGAGACCGACGGGACAAUCAGAUUAUACUCAUCCAGUCCACCCACAACGAUACCACCAUCGACAACUGAAAACAUCAUUACUACCGUUUCUACGACGAAGGCCUUCGAGCUAUCGUACGGACUCACAACAAUCGCCCCUGUCAGUUACUUAGAAAAGGGUAACAAAUACCAAUCCAACCUGAACGACGUCGAUAGGUCGGAACACAAAUCUUCCGACAGUUCCAAACCAAGUCGAGAUCGAUCUUCUCCGCAGCAACCAACCAAUAGUGGUUCGCUCCGAUCGCAUCUAUCAAGUUGGUGGCCUUUCGUUAUCCUGCUAGUGCUGCACUCAGGCUUAUCUGCUCGACAGUGACGGUAACUUCGGUCCGACGAUCAGGUGCUGUAGAUUUUCGUCAUUAGAAAUAUUGAAUCAUUGAAUCCGAUAUCCGAUAUUGUGAGACAUUGCUGUUCCGUUGACCGUUGCCAUUUUGUUUCAUAUUGAGGAUAGUCGUGACAAAGUCCGGCGCCCUAAAUUUAAGCUUUCGAUGAUUUCAAGUUACACAGUUCAAGCGAUUGUAAAUGUAGAUAAGCGCUACAAUUUGUACAUUUAUUAUAAUUAUUUAGAGAAAAAGUUAGAUAAUCUAUUAUGGUGAAUAAACAAGAAGACAAGCUGCGAAGCGUACCACAAACAAAAACCAACUAAUUAAUCUGAGAAGGGCUGCGGCAGACGUCCAGCGAAAAGUUGUAUAGUUAUCAGGAAUUGGCCAAUCAACAAAGCGAUAAGAUAUUUGAUAGUGUUAAUGCCUUACAUAAAAAUAAGCCAAUAUACCAUGCAGAUAUGACAAAAGUACACAAAGCAUAAAAUGACUCAUUCAAUGAACCCGGUGUUGUGAGGAAAAAAAGCAUUAAAACCAAACCGAAAUCAUGUUUCGUUUCACAACUCAGUCAUUCGGAACGUCGAAGAACGAAAAAGAAUUUUCAGAUAACAGUCAAUUAAAUGUCGCCAGACGGCUUGAGUUCCUUUUCGAGGAGUCAUGCCAAUAAAAGUUGCAAAUCAAAGCUUCCUGUGACUGUUUCGUUGCUAGUCGAUAUGCGAUCCGAUGACGAUUGCGGUACCGCUACUUUUAGUUCGCAUAACAACGCUAGUUUAUUGUCUGCUUUCGACCUUGAUGGUAGCUUUGGUCAAGCAAAAUGGACCGCUCUAACGUUUCCUCUAGGUUUAUGCAAAAACUUGAAAUAGCAGAAUCUUGUCUUUCGGUUGCCAGCAGAACGUUAAAGCCCAAUCAAAACCGUGCGAUUCGAAUUAUUGAGUGCAAUCAGUAUUUUUAACAGAGUAAUCAAAAUAAAGAAAUGUGUCAAAUGUAUGUUAUGAUAAACACAAAUAUUGUUGUAUUAUAUAUAGGGAAAUGCCAACACAUGUAUAAUAGUUAAACUAUGUACUAUAGCAAAAAUGUACUUAUAAGAUUCAACCAUAAAAAAAACUACAGUUACAAUUAAGUACCUACACGUAUAAAUACAAAACUACCAGCGCUGCGCUUUCAAGAAGCACUAUUUUUUCACAAAACAUGAGUAAACCAGACGGUCAAGCACUAACACUACUGAGUGAAAAAGAAAAAAAAUAUAACCAGGCAAAUUGAAAUCCACGAAACAGAAUCCCUGUGCCACGCGCAGAAUAGGAAAACUUUGAGAGCUGGAUAGUAAAAUACAAUUUAUUAGCGCUAAAUAUUGACAUUCACACAUACGCAUUGCACUACAGCGGCACUCAAAUGCUACAAUAGCAGAUGCAGCAGCAGUAGCAGCAACCAAACACACCCAGAAAAAAAACUAAAAGUUGCGCAACUCUUAUCAUAGUUAGCACAAAAUAAAAAACAAAAAACUUUGUUAUCUAGAUGGUUGGUCGAACGGUUCCACUCCAAACCAAGUGGGUAAGUUGGCCGGAACUCAACGUAAUAAAAUACAAAGAAAGAAAAAUGAGUCACAAGAAAAUCGUUGUAACUUAGAAUAAUGAAAAAGAACUGAAAUAUAUAUAUUUUGCUUUAA